AUGGCCAGUAAAUCGAAUAAAUCAGCAGCUCAAUUAAUGACUGAAGCAAACAAAAAAGCCAAAGCUGCCAAUGGCUUUUUCCAACGAAUGAUGGGAUCGGGCAGUGGGGCCACUGAUGAUGCAAGAGAACUUUACAUUCAAGCAGGAAAUGCCGCACGCGCUGAAAGUGAUUAUCCUACAGCAGUUGAAGCUUAUCAACGAGCGCUCGAUUUAAGUACAGAAGAUUACGAAAAAGCUCAAAUGUACGAAGCAAUUUCUUCAUCGUACAAGAUGUUUGAUGUUCCUCAAGCUGUAGCGCCGUUGAUGCGCGCAGCGGAGUUGAACAUGAGCCAAGGUAAAUGGGCGAUGGCUUCACAAAUCUUAGAAAAAGCUGCUGAAUUGCAUGAACAAAUGAAUAACUUUGAACCGAUGAUGAAAUGUUUACGAGAAGCAUAUCGAUUUUUAAAACAAGAAGGACAAAAGUCAGCGGCGAAUCGUGUGCAAAAGAAAAUGGCGGAGACACUCGUCUUACAACAUGAACAUAUUCAAGCUCAGCAAGAAUACGAAGAAAUGGCGGACAAAACAAAAGAUGAUGGAAUGUUAAAAUUCACUUCAAAAGACUAUUGGCUAAGAGCAACGAUGUGUGCGUUGUGCAUUGACAUUGAAAAUGCAAAUACGGCCUUGAAUAGAUACUUACAAGAUAAUCCGUUAUUCGAAGAGCGUUCUCUCGAAGUAAAAUUGAUUCGACAAUUAAUGGCGGACAUUGAAGAACAGAAUAAAGAAGCUUUUUUAAAACAUUUCGACGAUACACCAUUAACACCAUUACGUGCAGAUCGAAUAUUUCGGUCGCUGAUCGAUGAUAUUGCCAAGAAAAUCAAUGGAGAUGUUGAUCUCAAAUAA